AACCAAACACUUCAACCCAAAUCCGACAUCAUGGUUUCCAAGGUCUUCAUCCUCACGGCCAUCAUCGCCUACGUCGAGGCCCGUUUCGGUCAGGAACAGGUCCCCAUUGCUGACAUCUCUGCCGUCCAGGGCGGAGAUGCUGGCGCGGCUGCCACAAUUGCGGGAGCAGCCAUCAGCGAUUUGCUCGGUGGAGCCAACUCUUGCGACAAGCUUGUGACGGCCGAUCAGAUCUUCACUGAGCUCGGAGGUGGUGCUGAUGCUCUCGCUGCCGCCAUUGGCAUGGUCACGGCCGAGAAGAACACCAACCCCUUUGCUGGAGGCAACGUUCAAAACGUCUGUGGAGAUGCAACUCUCCCAGUCACUCCUGAGCUCCGUGGCAUCACUCCCUUGAUCGAUCCUGAUGUCGAUACCGCUGGUGGUGUUGCCGCUCUCUCCGCGAGCUCUGCUGCUGCUCCUCUUGACGCCACGGGCAAGAGCGUCUUCGACCUCCUCGAUGAGGCUGGAUUCGGCGACUUGGUCGCUUCCCAGGCCGCCGGUGGCGGUGCAGCAACAGCAGCUGCUGCUGGGGGAGCAGCCCAGAACAACAACCAGGGAGCAAAUGGAAACGCUCAGCAAGGCAACGGCAACGCUCAGCAGGGUAAUGGCAACGCUCAGCAAGGAAACGCCCAGCAAGGAAACGCCCAGCAAGGAAACGCCCAGCAAGGAAACGCCCAGCAAGGAAACGCUCAGCAAGGAAAUGCUCAGCAAGGAAACGGCAACGCUCAGCAAGGAAACGGCAACGCUCAGCAAGGAAACGGCAACGCUCAGCAAGGAAACGGCAACGCUCAGCAGGGUAACGGCAACGCCCAACAGGGUAACGGCAACGCUCAGCAGGGCAAUGGCAACGCUCAGCAAGGAAACGCUGGCGGAAACAAUGCUGCUGCUGGCGGAAACAAUGCUGCGGCUGGCGGAAACAACGCUGCGGCUGGUGGAGCGGCAGACUUCGGUGACUGCACACCCACCAUCUUCUUUGAGGGUGGUCUGAACGGAAGGCCCGCCGACGAGUUCACAUUCCAGAUCGAGGAUCCUCUUGCCCGCGGCGGUCAGGGUGAAGCCCUCAACCCAAACAUCAUCACGAACGCCCUCUGCAACCAGCUCACGAACGUGUGCAAUGCCAACGAUGCCGCUAUCACUCAAUGCGAGGACGCAAAGGCACAAGUUGAGGCUGCCGGCACUCGUGAUCAGACGACCGCCGACCUUUUCAACAGCGCUAUCCAGGGCGGUGCUGCCGCAAGGAAGAUGCGCAGGGGUCUCAGGAUCAACUAGGCGCGACGUUCUUGUGCAGUGAGCGAGUGCCUUGUCGCCGUCAAUUCCAUCGAGAACGCA